UUGCAAAGUUGUCACUCUUUCCUCAGCACGGUAUUUAAAAAGAGUUUCUCUCAUGUCCAGCCCUUCACAAGGCAGCAAGCUUCAGGCCUUGCGAAGCAACUCGGGGCAGGCACCGCGUUACUGGUACCGCAAUCUGGUUACUGGUUUCCAGUCUGGACAAUGAAAACCUUUAGAAGAGUUCCCAAAGAAACAAACCUGCAACAGCGUCAAACCCACAAACAAAUGGUUGUUUAGGGAGGAAAUCUGUUCCGUAUAGUUUGGAAGGUUUCUCCCAGCUCUGCUCUUCUUCUGAUUGCCGAGUCUGAGCUCUGACCAGUCACAGGCACCGGAGUGUGGACAGGACUGGAAGCCAAAUGGAUCCCACCAGCAGCAGCUGCAUGCGCGGUCCCCAACCUCCUGCUCCGCUUUGGGGGUGCCUGCGGAGCCCCCAUGUGGAUGUCACCGCAGCGUCAGAGCUGAACCACUACCCACCAGCACCGUUCUCCUUCCAUCAAAAAUCAGAUUUCUCUGCUUACUCUGAUUUCUCAACCUCCUGCCUGGCAGCUGCUCCCCAAAGCUUCCCACGCGAGGAGCAGGCGUUUGUGGAGCAGCACCCGUCUUUCCAACACUCUGACUGGCAUUUUGCAGCAACCGAGGCCAGAAGACAACUAAAUCCCGGACUGGCCUUGGGUUCUGGGGAGUCAGAAGGCAACAGCCCAAAUCCGGUGAGCGCGGCGGUGGGUAUGGAUGAAGAUGAUGAGGGACCAGUAAAUACGACAAAUGAGACUGAGAAAAAGUCAUCCAAAAGGAAAAAGGAAAACUCAGAAAACCAGAAUUCCAGCAACAAGACAGAAGCAAGCAGCAAGUCCCGGAAGGAGAGGACAGCUUUCACAAAGGAGCAGCUGCGGGAGCUGGAAGCCGAAUUUGCCCACCAUAACUACUUGACGAGGCUCAGGAGAUACGAGAUAGCUGUGAACCUGGACCUCACCGAGAGACAGGUCAAAGUGUGGUUUCAAAACAGAAGGAUGAAGUGGAAACGUGUUAAAGGUGGGCAACCAGUGUCCCCACAUGAACACGACACAGAAGACGUGGACUCUGCUGCCUCCCCCAGCUCUGAGUAACCCCUGCAGCAAUGGGAGAGGAGCACAGAGAGAAGAAUUGAGCAGAAAGUGGAUGCAACACUGCUCCGGGUCAGCUACACCGUGAGAUGAUCCUGCCUGCUAAACCUGUACCCCUGAGUCUUUAGAAGGUGGAUGAUGCUUUAGGUUACAGAGACAAUUAGAGAAAAAAAAAUCAGAGAAGCCAAAGGAGGGCAUGAUUUUGAUUUUUGUCAAUGGAUUUAACUCUCUGGAUUGUCUUCAGAAUCAAAGCUAGCAAACACUGAAUAUCCAACAGGAGCGAUGUUUUCUAGGCUCCCAAAUGUUCAGAAAACACAGGUCGCCAGUCAGCAAGUAUUCUGUAUAACACAACUGUAUUCUCAUCCAGGCUUUCCCUGGUCAUAUCUCUCCAUUCUGCAUUUGGACUUGACAAGGCUCAUUUCCCUUGUGUCUUACUUUAGAGAAAUAAAUAAUUAGACAGCCCCUGAUUUUUCUUGCAGUAUGAAUCGAUCACCUGUACGGCCAGGCAGUAAGGUUAAGAAAUAGAAAAUUGAGACCCAAACUAUAUAAACUGAAUUCUGCUUAUCAGUUUCACAUCAAUGGUCCAAGAGGGCAAGUGCCCUGUUGACGCUCACAAUUUGCAGAGGAAGAUUUCUUCCAAGCUUACUGUAAAUCCUGAAAUUAAAUUGCUAUAUCUCAAUUGCAAAUAUUUGUUCAAGGCAGUCAUAACCAAAUAUCACAGCAGGUACAGCAGAGAUUAAGACCUCAAGGGAACAGCCAUUGCUCUCUUUUUCUCAAUAUUUAACUCUAUUUAACUAAAGGAAACUACUCGUUAAUGCUGCAUUUUGUUUGGGUUUACGGAGUCUCUCUGGAAACCCACAGUUUUCUUUGUGAAAUCAGGAUUGUCAGAAGUAGAAAACAAUGAGUGAUUUAAACUUGGUUUACUGUCUACAAAGUCUUGUUUCGCUUUUCAUUGGAGACAAAAUCUUCAUCUGAA